UUUAUCUCUCUCUCUCUCUCUUUUAUAUAUACACACGAUAUGACAAACAUUCAAGUUAUCUCUCCAAGCAAUCAACAAGUCGCUUUUGAACUCCCUACUCUAUCUCAAGAACAAGUAGACCAAGCUAUCAAACGCUCAGUAGCUGCUUUUCCUACAUGGAGAAAAGUACCUUUAAAGGAGCGUAUCUCUAUUUUUCAAAAGUUCUGUGAAUUAUUUGAAACCAAAAAAGACGUUAUCGCUUCUUCUAUCACUACACAAAUGGGACGUCCUAUCCGUUAUGGCCAUGGUGAAGUCAAAGGUGUUCUUGAACGCGCCAACUAUAUGAUUUCUGUUGCUCAAGAAGCCUUGACUGAUGAAAUCAUUGAAGAUGUACCAGGCAAAGUGAAGCGUUUCCAACGUAAGGAGCCUCUUGGCCCUGUCUUCUUGAUUGCUGCAUGGAACUACCCUUAUCUGACAACAGUGAACAAUAUUGUACCUGCUUUGCUAUCCGGCAACACAGUCUUGUUAAAACAGUCACCUCAAACACCUUUAUGUGCUGAUAUCUUUGUGGACACAUUGAGAGAAGCAGGUGUUCCUCACGAUGCUGUUCAGGCUGUUCAUGUAUUGGACAAGGAAGCAAACUAUAUUGUUCAGCAUCCUUCUAUUCAGUUUGUUAAUUUCACAGGUAGUAUUGCAGUUGGCAAAAAGAUUCGUCAAGCAAUCGGCGAUAGACAACAUUUGAUUGGAUCCGGCAUGGAAUUGGGUGGUAAAGAUCCUGCUUAUGUUCUGCCUGAUACCGAUUUGGAUUUUGCUGUGGAAAAUAUUGUGGAUGGCGCCUUUUUCAACUCAGGACAAUGUUGUUGCUCUAUUGAACGUUGUUAUGUGCAUGAAAGUAUCUAUGAUACAUUUGUAGCAAAGGCUGUUGAGAUCGCUAAAAGCUAUGUUCUUGGAGAUCCCAAAGACGAAAAGACUACACUUGGUCCUAUGGCUAAUCUUAAGUUUGCUAAAGCUGUCAGAGCUCAAAUUCAAGACGCUAUCGAUAAAGGAGCUAAACCUCUUUUGGAUACCAAAACACUUUUCCCUCUUGAUCAGAAAGACAAUGCUUAUGUUAGUCCCCAAAUCCUCGUCAAUGUUGACCAUUCUAUGCUUGUGAUGAAUGAAGAGACAUUUGGACCAGUUCUUGGUAUCAUGAAGGUCUCCUCAGAUGAAGAAGCCAUUAAAUUAAUAAACGACUCUCGAUACGGUUUAACGGCCAGUAUUUGGACUUCGAGUGAAGAGAAAGCGCUCGAAAUUGGCGAUCAAAUUGAAACAGGUACUUGGUUCAUGAACCGAUGUGAUUAUAUUGACCCUGCUUUGGCUUGGGUUGGUGCUAAAGAAAGUGGGUUGGGAUUCUCUAUGAGUAAGCAAGGCUUUAGUCAGUUUACAAGACCCAAGUCCUAUCAUCUCAAGCUUUCUCAAAAGUAAAUAAGAGUGUUAUCGCUUAAAUAAAGUAUCGUUAUAUAAAAGCCUUUUA